AUGCGACAACAAGUGUCGACCUUACUCCUCCAACACAAACGCCAGAUGACGAUUUCUAAAGCAGAAGAUCGAGAACUUCUGAAGAUACGAAAAAUGAAGGAUAUCGUCACCCUGCCCGCCGACAAGGGGCGCUCGACUGUCGUCAUGGAUAAGGCUGAGUACUGCACAAAACUAGGCAACCUCUUAAUGGACAAGGAAGCUUAUGUGCCAUCGACCGUCAGCGAGUUUAAAAAGCUCAUAAACAGCAUAAACAAGACGAUCGGCAAGCUGAGGAAGGCGGGAGCUCUUACGAGAAGGGAGGCGUUGGCCGCAAAAGCCAGUGAUACCGCGAUGCCGCGCUUCUACGGCCUACCAGAGGUCCACAAGCAGGGGGUGCCCCUACGCCCCAUCGUCUCCUUACGUGGCACUCCAGCAUUUGGGCUGUGA